AUGCCAACCUUAGAUGAUAUUCUAGAGCACAUUGGAGAGUUUGACUUGUACCAGAAAAGGGCAUUUUUUAUCCUGUGUUUGCUCUCUGCUGCCUUCACACCCAUCUAUGUUGGUAUCGUUUUCUUAGGUUUUACUCCUGAGCACCGUUGCCGGGCUCCUGGGCUCCCUGAAUUAAGAGCCAGAUGUGGCUGGAGCCUUGAAGAGGAGCUGAAUUAUACCCUUCCAAAGAAAGAACCCUAUGGAGAUGCUUUCAUUAGUCAGUGCCAGAGAUACAAUGUGGACUGGAAUAUAUCUGGGCUCAACUGCACAAAUCCAAUUAAUUUUUUCACUGCUCACAGCAACCUCAGCAACAUUCCUGUUGUUGCAUGCCAAGAUGGUUGGCUUUAUGAUUUCCAAGGUUCAUCCAUUGUGAGUGAGUUUAACCUGGUGUGCAAAGAUGCCUGGAAACUGGAUCUAUUUCAGUCAUGUGUGAAUGUGGGCUUUUUUCUUGGUUGCAUAAGCAUCGGAUACCUGGCAGACAGGUAUGGCCGAAAACGGUGCUUAUUAAUUACCAUCCUAAUAAAUUCCAUCUCCGGUGUUCUUGUGGCCGUUGUCCCUAGCUACACAUGGGUAGUGGUUUUUCGCUUGAUACAAGGAUUGGUCAGCAAAGGAGGCUGGUUAACAGGAUAUAUCCUGAUUGCAGAGUUUGUUGGCCUGAACUAUCGAAGAACGGUUGGUAUAGUUUAUCAAGUGGCCUUCAGUGUUGGACUCCUUGUCCUUGCUGCUGUUGCUUAUGGAAUUCCCCACUGGAGAUGGCUUCAACUUGCUGUCACAUUGCCAAAUUUCUUCUUCUUACUCUAUUACUGGUGUCUUCCAGAAUCCCCAAGAUGGUUGAUAGCCCAGCAGGAAGAUGACAAAGCCCUGAAAAUUAUUAAACGUAUUGCAAAGGGGAACCAAAAGAAGCUGCCGCCAUCCAUGGAGAAACUUCAGCCUGAAGAAGAAAGAAGUGAUAAGCCUACCCCUUCCUUUUUGGACCUGGUGAGAACGCCACAGAUAAGGAAACAUACAUUAAUCUUAAUGUACACUUGGUUUACCAGUGCUGCAGUGUAUCAGGGCCUCAUCAUGCAUCUAGGGAUUGGUGGAGACAACAUUUAUCUGGACUUUUUUUACUCUGCUCUUGUGGAAUUCCCUGCCGCCCUCAUACUGAUACUCACGGUGGACCGCAUAGGCCGCCGCUUUCCCUGGGCUGUGGCAAAUUUUAUGACAGGAAUCGCCUGCCUCGUUACUGCCUUAGUUCCCGAAGAUCUCUAUUGGCUGAAAAUGACUGCAGCUUGCUUGGGCAGGCUGGGUAUUACAAUGUGCUAUGAAAUGAUUUGCUUAGUCAAUGCAGAAUUAUACCCAACAUUCCUCAGGAAUCUGGGGGUUCUUGUCUGCUCUUCCAUGAGUGAUAUUGGGGGGAUCAUAACUCCAUUCAUUGUCUAUAGACUGGCAAAUAUUUGGCAUGAACUUCCACUUGUUGUCUUCGCUGCCAUCGGCCUUGUGAGUGGUGGUUUGGUUCUGCUCUUACCUGAAACCAAAGGGAAACCUUUACCUGAGACUAUUGACGAUGCUGAAAAUCUGCACAGACCAGGAAGGCCCAAAGAAAAAAUUAUUUAUCUUCAUGUGCAAAACUCAGAUGUGACAACUUACUGAAGACAGCUGUGUUCCCCACAGUUUCUCAUUGAAGCACACGGAGUGCAUAAGGAGUGAAAACCAAAAGGGUGGAUACAAGCAUAACCCUUCAUGAGGGCUCUGAAUUCUUUGAACUUUCAGUAUUCUCUGCUUGUUUCCAGUCAUGACUGUGACAUGUUCCAGAGAAUUCUGUGGUCCUGGUGAACAUUUUAAAGUCUUCCCCAGGGUGGUCCCCUCCAGCUAUGUAAUCUACCUGGAAAUUCUGUAAGAUGUAGUGAGUUUCUCAGAUUGGAGGAAGACAUGCUGUAGACAGUGCCUCCUCAUAGCCUAAAAUGCAGCAUGCAAAUUAUGGCCUUCAUAUAUAAGCCCCAUUGAGUCUAAUAAUCCAUAUGACUUUGUUGAUGAAACUGCAGUCUUAAGGAUCCAUACAUGAAGAUACACCUCAUUCAGAUAAAUGGGAGGUACUUUUGUGUAACAUAAUGUAAAUUAUGAUAGAGAAAUUGACAUUGUCAGAAAGCUUGAUUUUACCCUGUACCUUAUUUUUCCUUAACUUUCAUUCUGUUUCAUUUAUCAACUGUGAAGUUUCCUGUUUUCCACACAAAACUGUACAUGCAUUUUCAUGAACAUUUCUUCUAAUACACAGUGCUGUUAACAG